AUGACCUGGGCUGAAUACGCCAACAAGAUCAACAAUGCCGUCGCAGGCUCUCGAGUGGGUCGAUACUUUCAACUCGAGGGAUCGGGAGCAUAUCGAGAACGCAAGGGCACCCGAUUCUUGACAGAGUUGCGUGCUGGUGUUACGACAUUUUUUGCCAUGGCAUAUAUCAUUUCAGUCAACGCAUCAAUCAUCAGUGAAAGUGGUGGCACCUGUGAAUGUCCAAGAACCCCGGACGAUCCUGUUUGCGACAACAAUGAGGAAUACAUGCAAUGUGUUUUCCAAGUGAAGCUCGAUAUGAUUAUGGCCACUGCUAUCAUGUCCAUGAUUGCUUCUGUUUUGAUCGGUGUACUUGCCAACUUGCCUCUUGGUUUGGCCCCUGGUAUGGGUCUUAAUGCUUAUUUCACAUACAACGUUGUUGGCUAUCAUGGUUCAGGAAAGGUCUCUUAUCAAACAGCUGUCGCCGCUGUGUUGAUUGAAGGAUGCAUCUUUUUGAUUCUUUCCAUUUUUGGUAUCCGUCAGUGGCUCGCACGUGUCAUUCCUAUGAGUAUCAAGGUUGCCAUGGGAUGCGGUAUCGGCCUCUACCUCUGCUUCAUUGGCUUGCAAUCCUCGGCCGGUAUCGGUAUUGUUGGCCUCGACAAAUCCACGCUUGUUGCUCUUGCUGCAUGCCCCGAUCAAUACAAGGAUGCCGAUGGCAUUUGUACAGGCCAUACUAUGGAGAGUCCUACUACUUGGAUGGGUAUUCUUGGUCUUAUUAUCAUGGUAGUCUUGACCAUGUAUCGUGUACGUGGUGCCAUCUUGAUCGGUAUCGUCUUCAUUGCCAUCACAUCUUGGCCCCGUGUCAGCUAUGUCACCUAUUUCCCAUACACCGAAACCGGUAACGCCAUGUUCGACUACUUUAAAAAGGUCGUAACGGUGCAUCCAUUGGACCAUGUUUUAGCCAAAUUCCACUUUGAUUUGGGCUCGCGUGAAAUCUGGAUUGCUUUGAUCACUUUCUUGUAUGUGGAUAUUCUUGACACUACUGGUACCAUGUAUUCCAUGGCUCGCUAUGGUGGAUUCACUGACAAGACUGGUGAUUUUGAGCAUUCCACCUAUGCUUUCAUUGCGGAUGCCAUUGCCGUUAUUGUUGGUUCUUGCUUUGGUAGCUCACCAUGUACUGCAUUCGUUGAAUCAGGCACUGGUAUCUCUGAAGGAGGUCGUACCGGUAUCACUGCCAUUACUAUCGCUUUCGGCUUCUUUAUCUCCAUUUUCUUCUCGCCAAUCUUUGCAAGCUUCCCACCAUGGGCUACUGGUCCUGCCCUUAUCGUCGUAGGCUCUAUGAUGGCUACCAGUGUGCGAAACAUCAAUUGGGAUUAUCCAGGAGACGCUAUACCGGCGUUCUUAACGCUUACGGUCAUGCCCUUCACGCAUGUGUUACAAAAACUUGAUGAUUAUAAGACUAAGUAG